GCCCGCAGAGUCGCGAGGCCGGAAGGAGCGCGGCGCCGCCCAACUCGCCCCAGCCGCCGCCAUGAAGGCCGUGGUGCAGCGCGUCACCCGGGCCAGCGUCACAGUUGGAGGAGAGCAGAUAAGCACCAUUGGACGGGGCAUCUGUGUGUUGCUGGGUAUUUCUCUGGAAGACACACAGAAGGAACUGGAGCACAUGGUCCGGAAGAUUUUAAACCUGCGUGUGUUUGAGGAUGAAAGUGGGAAACACUGGUCAAAGAGUGUGAUGGACAAACAGUACGAGGUGCUGUGCAUCAGCCAGUUCACCCUGCAGUGCGUCCUCAAGGGGAACAAGCCUGACUUCCACUUGGCAAUGCCCACGGAGCAGGCAGAGGGCUUCUACAACAGCUUCCUGGAGCAGCUGCGCAAGACGUACAGGCCGGAGCUCAUCAAAGAUGGCAAGUUUGGUGCCUACAUGCAAGUCCACAUCCAGAACGAUGGGCCUGUGACCAUAGAACUGGAGUCCCCGGCUCCUGGCGCUGCUGCCUCCGACCCGAAGCAGCUGUCAAAGCUUGAAAAACAGCAGCAGAGGAAAGAAAAGACCAGAGCCAAAGGGCCUUCUGAAUCAAGCAAAGAAAGAAACGCUCCUCGGAAGGAAGACCGCAGCGCCAGCAGCGGGGCCGAGGGCGAUGUGUCCUCUGAACGGGAACCGUAGGCCUGAGGGAUGAAACUCAGUGCAUUAUCAUUGGGCAGAACUGGAUCCUGAAAAAUUCAUGAAAGAUGCCAAGCACCUACUCUGUUUUAAGAAUUUGGAACUGAAUCGUGAAAAGGAAGAAGGAAAUAAGAAAUUGGGAACCUGAAUAGCCCUGCAAAAAAAACACCAAAGGAGCGUUACCAUUUUCUGUGUUGUUGCUGUGGUCUAAUAGAAGAAGUGGGUGCUGCCAGCACAGGGGAGUGUGCCCCAUGCACAUGGCAGCAGGGCACCGCCCGUGCCUCCCCCACAGGAAGGCUUUGUGGGUUCCUACGAUGUCUUGGCUUGCUUUUAGAACAGGCUGGCCCAACAUCAUUUGUCAUCAAGUCCUCCUUUCACACUGUGGUGUAUUUCUGCGUGUCCAUGAUGGGUCUCAAAUACAUCCAUGCUGUCCAUGUUCUUCCCAACACUGGCCAAGCCAGGGUCCGUGUUAAGCUGUAAAGAGAACAAUCAUCAAUGAUAAUGUAUUGUGUGAGACCUUUGCAUCUUGUAAAUUUUCUCUUUUUUCUAAAAAGAAAUAAUAAAACUCCAAACCUCAACAAGCCA